UACUUCGUCUUCUGCGUGGACUCCUCGGAGAGCGAGCUGGGCAUCCUGGACCUCAUCCAGGUGUUUGUGGAGACGCUGGACAAGUGCUUUGAGAAUGUCUGUGAGCUGGACCUCAUCUUCCACAUGGACAAGGUUCACCACAUCCUGCAGGAGAUGGUGAUAGGUGGCAUGGUGCUGGAGACCAACAUGAAUGAGAUCGUGGCUCAGGUGGAAGCCCAGAGCAAGCUGGAGAAGGCGGAGGUGAGUGGUGAUGCCGCGGCUCUUCCCGUGGGAGGCUGA